AUGGUCAUGCUGCUCUUCCCCAUGCAGCUGCUGGUAGUGGCUGUCACUGUUUACCUAGAGCUGGUGAGGUCUGCUCAAGGUGGUGCCUACUAUGGGAUCAAGCAGCUGCCACCUCAGGUGCCCCAGUACCAACCCCUUGGACAACAAGUACCUCACAUGCCGCUGGGCAAAGAAGGCAUCCCAAUGCAGCACCUGGGCAAGGAGGUACCCCGCAUGCCCUACAGGAAGGAGUACCCCCAUCUGCCCCAGUACAGGAAGGAGGUCCCACAGAUGCCGAUGCUCGGCAAGGAUAUGGCUCCCAAGAAAGAGAAAGAAAUUCCCAUACGCAGUCUGAGGGGUGAACAAGGUCCCCCGGGUGAGCCUGGACCAAGAGGGCCACCAGGGCCACCAGGAUUACCAGGUCAUGGUGUACCAGGAGCCAAAGGAAAACCAGGCCCGCAAGGAUACCCAGGAAUUGGAAAGCCGGGUUUGCCAGGGAUGCCAGGAAAACCAGGGGUCAUGGGGCCCCCAGGGCCAAGAGGGGAGAUGGGGCCGAAGGGGGAGAUUGGGCCCAUGGGGAUUCCUGGACCACAAGGACCACCAGGGCCUCAUGGGCUUCCUGGCAUAGGGAAGGCGGGUGCUCCAGGGCUGCAGGGGCAACCAGGGCCAAAGGGUGAGCCUGGGAUGAAGGGGCCACCAGGAAUCCCUGGGAUCCCAGGGCCAAAAGGGGAGAAGGGGGUUGGGAUCCCAGGUUUGCCAGGUCUGAAGGGUCCACCUGGGCUUCCUGGUCCCCCCGGCCCCGUGGGACUGCCAGGGGUUGGCAAACCCGGCAUGGUUGGCUUCCCUGGCCCACAGGGACCCCUGGGCAAACCCGGACCCCCAGGAGAGUUGGGGCUGCAGGGGCCUCCAGGGGCCCCUGGGAUCCAAGGCCCUCCUGGCCCACCUGGUAUUGGCAAACCAGGCCAGGAUGGCAUGCCCGGCCAGCCCGGCUUCCCAGGUGGCAAAGGGGAGCAGGGAUUGCCAGGCCUGCCGGGCCCCCCCGGCCUCCCUGGGGUUGGGAAGCCGGGCUUCCCUGGGCCCAAAGGGGAGCGAGGUGUGGGUGGUCUGCCUGGGCCUCUGGGGCCGAAGGGGGAGAAGGGGCAUGCGGGGCCACCUGGCAUGGGAGGGCCACCAGGGGAACCCGGCCAGCCAGGACUGCCAGGCAUCAUGGGACCCCCGGGGGCCGCUGGUUUCCCAGGACCUAAAGGGGAGGGGGGCGCCGUAGGGCCACCAGGACCAGUCGGCCCCAAAGGGGAACCCGGCCUGCAGGGUUUUCCAGGAAAGCCAGGCUUUCCUGGGGAAGUGGGUGGCCCUGGGCUGCGGGGGCUGCCGGGCCCCACAGGACCCAAGGGGGAAGCCGGACACAAAGGCUUGCCGGGACUGCCGGGUGUCCCGGGGCUUGUGGGGCCAAAGGGUGAGCCCGGGCUACCCGGUGCCCAGGGGCUUCAGGGCCCCUCGGGCAUCCCGGGCAUUGCGGGACCCAGUGGUCCCAUCGGCCCCCCCGGGCUGCCAGGGGCGAAGGGCGAGCCAGGCAUGCCCGGCCCCCCUGGCUUUCCUGGGGUAGGCAAACCUGGUGCUGCGGGGCUGCAGGGACCCCCGGGAAAGCCUGGGGCGCUCGGUCCUCCUGGCCAGCCGGGGCUCCAGGGGCCACCGGGCCCUCCCGGGCCGCCAGGUCCCCCGGUCAUCAUCCCGCCCACUCCACCAGCUGUGGGACAAUACCUGCCUGAGGUGGGACCAGGGAUAGACGGCUUGAAGCCCCCCUACGGCUACAAGGCCAAGAAAGACAAGGCUGGUAGCAUUGUUUACGAGAUGCCCGCGUUCACGGCAGAGCUCCUCACGCCCUUCCCCCGCGUCGGGGUGCCCGUGAAGUUCGACAAGCUCCUGUACAACGGCCGGCAGAACUACAACCCCCAGACGGGGAUCUUCACAUGCGAGAUCCCCGGUGUCUACUAUUUCGCCUACCACGUCCACUGUAAAGGCGCCAACGUGUGGGUGGCGCUGUACAAGAACAACGAGCCGCUCAUGUACACCUACGACGAAUACAAGAAGGGCUUCCUGGACCAGGCUUCGGGCAGUGCCGUGGUGCAGCUGAUGCACGGAGACAAAGUUUACGUUCAGAUGCCAUCCGAGCAGGCGGCAGGACUCUAUGCCGGGCAGUACGUUCAUUCGUCUUUUUCAGGGUAUUUAUUGUAUCCCAUGUAAAACAAACAGACACACACACAACACACACACAAAAUCAAAACCUUUCUCCUCUGCUUCUAACUUUUAUACAACAAAAGGUGCAUUUUAUGACCAUUUGACCAUCUUGUACAAAAACAAUAAUAAAUACAAAGUUUAACAUUAUACACAGCUAGUUAUAAAAAAAAGGUGUGGCAAACAUAUCUAAAGAUGUGUAUCAGGUUCAUAAACAGUUGUUUUGCACCCAAGGGGGACAUAUUAGCUGUACAUUAUAUAUUUCUGCAAAGCCAUGCUUACUUAAUUUCAUUCACAGUAAUUCAGUAC